AAGUGGCGGCCAGAGUACCACGGAAACAUCCAAACCCUCAGCGUCUCGGGCAGCAGCAUCUGGACCCCUAUACUUACUCUGAAGAGGAAUGCUGAUGGUAAGUACCAGGGUCUGUCAAAGGACGUACCGCUCCAGAUCAGCUCCGAUGGUACCGUAAUUUGGACGGUCGAGACUCUGACAAGCACCAUCUGUGAUGCAGACCCGUUCUUCUUCCCUGCCGACACCAUGGAAUGCCACAUCUGCUUCUCCUUAUCUGCAAUUGAGCAAACCAUCGAAUGUGGAGGGGGCAGUUCCUGUGACGUCUGGUCUCCUCCAGAACAGUCGGGCGAAUGGAAUCGGAAGGACAAGAUUUUUGCGGAAAGCAACAAGAAGGCGUGCUUCGCGGUUCAUCUAGAGAGGAUCCCGCUGUUUCACAUCGCCACGACUGUUGGUCCCUGCAUCAUCCUAGUGGUGCUGAUGAUCAUCACCUUCGUCAUGCCCAUAGGCAAGGGGGACCGAAUCUCCUUCGGAGUGACCAUCCUGCUUUCCAUGGUCGUGUCUCUCGUGUUUGUUACGGAGGUACUUCCUGUGAAAGGAGCUCUACCGUUUUUCGCCACGCUGAUCGUCGUGUGCAUGGGGCUGAUGGGACUUUUCCUGUUCUUCACCAUGUACAUCAUCACUCUUUACGACAUAGAAGGGAGUCUGUCUCCAAUGGCGAAGACUUUCUUCCUCUAUUACGUGGCAAAGUUUUUGCUGCUCGGGGACCUCACAGAGAAGGAGACUGCGAGCGGGGUAGGAGAGACAGGCCUGGCCGGAUUGAAGCUGGACUGGUCUGAGCAGGCCAGCCUCGACAUCCCUGCCGAAGGAGAGGAGGCCACAGAUAAUGUCUACGAAGAUACUGUGAAGGUCGACGUAGAGACCUCAACUGAAGUCUCCGCUGACGUGAUGAAGGUCGAUGUAAAGACCCCAGCUGAUGUCUCCGAUACAACCCGUGACAUCCCUGUCGGACCGCCCACCCGCCUGGAGGCUGCCGUGGAAGAGCAGACACCUUUCCUGCGUCAACUGAUCCGGCAGGCGAUGAAGACCGAACAGCAGCUGGAGGAGCUGACCAAGGCGAUGAAGAACGAGCAGAAGGUGUCCGAUUACACCCUGCUGACCAAGGUCCUGGACAGGCUUUGCCUUGUUCUGUACGUCAUCAGCGUUGCCUUGACCGUGCCUAUGACCAUGUAUCUGGGCAAAUAG